CUUCCUCCGAGCCGCACCGAAACUUGCGCCUGGCGGCUGUUCGCAAGGCUCCGGGGAGUUUGCAGUGCGUUCUACCCCCGCCUCCCCUUCCUGGACCCGGGUCCACCAGGGCGAGGAGCCCCGCGAUAGCGGAGCCCAGCCGGGUACUGCUGUUCCUGAAGGGGCCGGGCAGGGUCGGGCUCUCCCUGAGGAAAGCGGGGAGAGUCAGGCAGGGAGACUCUGCUCUCCCCGAGGGACUGGGCAGGGUCGGGCAGGGCACCUCGUCUCUCCUUGAGGGAACCGGGCAGUGCACCCCAGUCCUCCUUGAGGAGAUUGGGCAGAGCACCCCGGCUCUUGCUGAAGGAACCGCGCAGUGCACCCCUGCUCCCCGCCGGGAGUUCUGGCAAAAGGAGGCCGCGGGCAACCCAUCCCGGAGGCUCCGUCGCCAUCGUGGGUCUCUUCUCCAUGAAGCCCUCCCGGCGCUUUUUUGGGAUGCUGUGACGUCAGCGUUGUCAAGGAUGAGUACCCGCCUUUAGAUCGGAUCACUCAAAAAUCACUACCUGUUCAGACAUAAAAGCCAUCCAAGGCGGUCUCGAAGAAGUGCCGUUCUUAUCACCAAAAGACUUUCUGAUGAUGACCGGGUGUCAUGGGCGGAGCAGCAAUAUGAAAAAAAGAGAACUAAGCGUGCCAUCGUGAGAAACUCAGCAGACAAUCUUUUCAAUGAUCCUAUGUGGAAUCAGCAGUGGUAUCUGCAAGAUACAAGAAUAACUCCAUCCCUGCCCAAACUGGAUCUCCAUGUUAUUCCUGUAUGGCAGAAAGGAAUAACAGGCAAGGGUGUUGUCAUCACAGUAUUAGAUGAUGGCUUGGAGUGGAAUCACACUGACAUCUUCUCUAACUAUGAUCCAAGGGCAAGUUAUGAUUUCAAUGACAAUGAUCACGAUCCCUUUCCUAGAUAUGAUCCAACAAAUGAAAACAAGCAUGGAACACGGUGUGCAGGAGAAAUUGCCAUGCAAGCCAACAACAGAAAAUGUGGAGUUGGAGUUGCCUAUAAUUCCAAAGUUGGAGGUAUACGAAUGCUGGAUGGAAUAGUCACUGAUGCUAUUGAAGCCAGUUCAAUUGGUUUCAAUCCAGAACAUGUGGAUAUUUACAGUGCAAGUUGGGGCCCUAAUGAUGAUGGUAAAACUGUAGAGGGACCUGGGAGACUGGCACAGAAGGCUUUUGAGUAUGGAAUAAAGAAGGGUCGAAAUGGGAAAGGCUCCAUUUUCGUAUGGGCUUCUGGGAACGGAGGCCGUCAGGGUGACAACUGUGACUGUGAUGGUUACACUGAUAGUAUCUACACUAUUUCCAUUAGCAGUGCUUCUCAGCAGGGCCUUUCUCCCUGGUAUGCAGAGAAGUGCUCUUCAACUCUGGCCACAGCAUACAGCAGUGGGGAUUAUACAGACCAAAGAAUUACAAGUGCUGAUCUUCACAAUGAAUGUACAGAGACCCACACUGGGACCUCUGCAUCUGCACCACUGGCAGCAGGAAUUUUUGCCUUGGCACUGGAAGCAAACCCAAAUCUAACAUGGAGGGAUAUGCAGCACUUGGUAGUGUGGACCUCAGAAUAUGAUCCACUGGCUGGAAAUCCAGGAUGGAAAAAGAAUGGAGCAGGACUGAUGGUCAACAGUCGAUUUGGGUUUGGACUACUCAACGCCAAUGCGUUGGUAGAUUUAGCUGAUCCCAAAAGAUGGAAAGGCGUACCAGAAAAGAGAGAGUGUAUUGUCAAAGACAAAAGCUUUAAACCAAGAUUAUUAAGAGCAAAUGAGGAAGUCAUCAUUGAAAUUCCCACGAAAGCCUGUGAGGGUCAAGAAAGUUUCAUUGCAUCUCUGGAGCAUGUGCAGCUGGAGGCCACGAUUGAGUAUUCCCGUAGAGGUGAUCUUCAUGUCACUCUGGUAUCUCCAGCAGGGACCAGCACUGUCUUACUGGCUGAGAGAGAGAGAGAUAGAUCUCCCGAUGGCUUUAAGAACUGGGAUUUCAUGUCUGUUCACACAUGGGGAGAGAAUCCAACAGGCACCUGGGUUUUAAGAAUUACUGAUAUGUCCAGAAGAAUAGAAAAUGAAGGAAGGAUUGUAAAUUGGAAAUUGAUUUUGCAUGGCACUGCUACACAGCCUGAACAUAUGAAGCAGCCACGUACAUACACAUCUUACAAUGCUGUGCAAAAUGACAGAAGAGGCGUGGAGAAGAUGACAGAUUUUGUAGAGGACCGUACCGCACAAGAGAACUUGCAUGAAAAAAACAAUGUCACAGAAAAUACCAGUAGUAGCAGUGACAAAGCAGAAGAUAAAAUCCCAUCAGAGGCUAUGCUACAUUUGCUGCGAAGUGCUUUUAGCAGACAGAUGGCUCAGAAGCGACUGCCAAAGAAGACUCCAAGUGAGAAGUUAAACAUUCCAUAUGAGCACUUCUAUCAAGCCCUCGAAAAAUUAAACAAGCCCUUCCAGAUGAGAGACUCGGAAGAAAGUCUGUACAGUGACUACGUUGAUCUUUUUUACAAUGCCAAACCAUACAAGCAUAGAGAUGAUAGACUGCUGCAAGCCUUGAUUGAUAUUAUAAAUGAAGGAAACUAAACUAUAGGGUUUGUCACUGAGUUGGAUAUAUUUAUUCUCCCCACUUCAUGUGUAGCCUUUUUUCAGAAGUCUGUUGUAUGCUCUAGUUGUGUGAUUGCUGCUUUGAUUGCUUCAUAUUUAAUACAAAUAUCAAGGAAGGAAAAAAAAAGUGUGUGGGAGUAUAAGCCAGUAAACUGAUGCUUUUUAGUAAUAGCUUUUUUCAAAGCCUUUCUUCAUUACCAUCAAAAGUAGAUUUGCCCCCUCAGGCAUGAAAUCCAGUAGUAUUCCCCUGAAAACUUGAAUGCUCUAUUUUAAACAAUUUUCACAUUAUUUAUUCUUCUACCCUAUUCAAAACUUUAAUUACCAAGCAGUUUUGAAGCAAACUGCCAGAGCUAUGGGGAGGUGCUCUCAUCCCUGGGUUUUUAAUGGCUAUUGAAGUCUUAUGUUUGGAAUUUAUUGCAGAUUUAACAUGUGUAGCCAGUACUGCUUCCAUCAUAGGUUUUAUGUUCGUUCUCCAAACAACAGUGCUCCCUUACCCUUCUAUUCUCCCAUAAAGGAGCAACUCAGAGGCUGGAGUUGGACUGGAGCAUCAGUGGACACUGAUGAAGUUAUUCACAAUUUAGAAUACAGACAGACACUAGCAUAAAAUAUCCCCAAAUGAGGAUGGCAUUCUCGCCACCUAACUUUACCUAAGUGAAGUGCCUGUAUUAUGAGCCUAGUCAUUCUAGGCUGUAUGUAAUGAGGGCAGAGGCUCCUACAGAUAGCACUUCAGAGCACUUGGAUAGUCUUUAUGCUGUUUUUAUUUAUCUGGAUGGUGUACUGAUCUUUUCGUAUCAACUAUAUGAGCUUUGGAGACCAACCACCUGCCUAUGGAGCCUCAGUCAGAUUUUUAAAAUUAAGUAAUAUAAAUGAGAUGCCUAUGUCUGCAGUAGUCAGGACAACAAAGCUGAGAUCUCUUUGUCCUUUCUUUGAACUGCAGCCGAGGUGGAAUGAAAGGGUUAACUGCACCAGCAGAUCCUACUUAAAGACUGGAUCUUGGAGUGUCUGGGAUAGAUUGUAACAUUUCCCAAGUACCUAGGAAUUUAAGGCAAAGUGGAGGGGGAGAGGUAUGAAAUGCAAAAAGUACUCCAAGAAUGGAGUCAGAAAUUUUCCACACAAAGCUCUCUAAAGUCAGUCAAGACUGACAUAUUAUUUUGCUUUUCAUAAUUAAAUUAAUGCAGUGUUGGAUGCUCAGAAAUUAACGGGGAUCUAGAACAAGGAAAUGGAGAUUCCCAGGGGAUAUUUUUCUCAUUGCAGUGCCUAAGAUAAUCGAAACAAGUGCUGAAUGGUUUUUACUUUCUCUCUCAUCUACUACUGAAAUGUGUUUUCCAGACACUCUAGACUAUUUGAUUCUCCUUCACUGUCUACUCUUUUAAAGAUGAUGCAAGUGUCUCUAAGUCAGGAAUUUAGCUUUUUGCUCACAAUUCAUCAGUUUGGAUAGUGAUUUUUCAUACUUCCCGGUAAAUUCUGUAAUUUAAAGGCAAAUCUAUUUAUUGGAAUAAUAUUUAGGUAAUCUUCUGUGGGAAAGGACCUGCUCUAAAGACAGUUUUGAGAACUGUCUUUCCAAACUGGAGAUUUAAAAAUCUCGGCUUAUUCUUUCUUUGUGAUAGUUUCAUGCCUAUCAUGGGCUUAGUGUGCUUUAUUGCCAGCUUUAGAUAGGUUUAGCUUAGUUGAUUUAAUAACUCUUCCAUAUUUCUUGUCCAUGCUUCAAGGAUAACAGCUCCAUGAUUCUGAUACUGACUCAUUUCCUCUCUACUAAAAAAAUUUGCUUAGAAUGAGACGUCAUGAAAAAAAUCCCCACAAGUGAUCCAGAUCAGAAAGCUUUCUUCUGCUGUUCCUUGCAUGUACAAGCUUUCUGGCAACUUAUAACUACUGAACAAGCAAAACCAUAAAAAUUUCUAAUUGCUGCCAUUGCAGAGUGAGGGCACUAACUUACUUCCACUAAUGUUUCAUUUUCAGAACUAGAAGUUUAUCUCCAUGGUAAAUAUUCCCAUCUGGAGAGGCAGGACCACUUUUAGUCCUGUGCAUUGAAACUCAGAGGUUGGUUCCCUCAGAUAACAGUGAUUUUUGCAGUCUUUGUUCAGGUAUGUUACAGCAAGGAAAGUACUAGCAACACUAAAUCAUGCAUUGAAAGAGGUUUUCAGAUAAAAUGGGUGAAAAACAUAAGACCUUCCUUUCUUUUAAGAUUAGUUCCCACGUUGUAGCCAAAGUUUCAUCAGAGGACAAGUUUAAAAUCUCUCUUUUGAAUGUUUCCAACACAGAGUAGAUUGUAAAGGAGUAAAUUAUUUUUAUUGUUAGUCUUUCCUUGGUGCCUGUGUGGGUUUUGUGAAAAAUGUAAAAGGAAAAAAAAAGUUUUCUCUCAGAAUUUUAAAUUAUAUUUUCAUUACAGGUAUUUAUAAUAUAGUAAAGAUUUUAUUGAACAGACAGAAUUUUAAAAGGCAUAAUAAAUUAUAUUGAAGAACCAGAUUUUUCUUGGGAAAGAGACAAUUUCAUCCAAUAAAGAUAUUUUUUAAAAGGCAUGUUCCAAUAGCAGCUGUAACAUGUAUGUAAUGUGAUGUUAGAUUUGUCUACCAGUGACUUAAUACAGUGUAUUAGCAGAGCACA